GAAACAGAGCAUCUUAUUAGAUACAAAAUAUGUUAUUAUUACAUGGAACACGAACAAUGAACUUUUAUGCUUGUAAAAGGUAAACAAAUAAACCACAACAAACGAAUACUGUUGGCGUUGAAAUGAAUUUAUAAAUAUUUAUCUCAAAAUGAAUGAAAUAAAUUCAUCAGUACCUGAGCCUAAGAAAGUUGGAGUAUGGGCAGAAGGUACACAUAUAGAAGCAAAAGAAUUUAUGAUACCUAAGAAGUCGCCAGACUCUAGCGAUGAUAUACCGACGAUACCGGAUUUGGAUGAUUUACAAGAUAUAUUGGAGAAAGAAAUAUCUAUGCCACCAGUGACAGAUCACAAAGACACAGAAACAGUGAAUGCCCUGUCAGAAGUUGGUGGAGGUAUUUCAGGUACGGCAGACAGCAUAGAGAAGGUUUUAGAAGUCCUCAACUCUUACAUACCCCAGGAGGAGAUGGAUUCUGCUGACACUGUGUGGACAGUCGACUCCUUACUGCAGGAACUGGCUGAAGAAACCCAGGAAUAAUGUAGUGGUAGGAUUUCUUUUUAGGUAAGAAUUAGGAAAUAGGCCUUUUGUACACUCAUGGGCAUGUUAGGCAGGUAUAAAAUUGUAUUUUGUAGAUUCAAUAUAAGACCUAUAUGCAACAAAAAGCUGUGUAUAUUGUAGCCAUAGGAAUUAUUUUUUAAGAAAUAAUUAUAAAUUUCAUACUAUGCUCAGGGUGGCCAGAGUGAAAUCAGUAAGAAUCUAUUCAGACUUUUUCUGCGCUAUGUCUCUGUGAAGGACUUACAGACAGCAACAGAACUCCCAUGAGUUUCUAAAUAACAAUUAUACAAAAAAAGUGGAUACUGUACUGGUAAACAAAAAUGCUUUAUUUAUUUUUUAUGUAUGUAUGUUAAGUUCCUUGCUGACUGUACUAUUACAAAUAUUACAAUACGUAGGUAAUAAAAGAAAAUAGAUUGUUAAAAAAGGGUAGGUAUGCUUCAAAUAAGAUCCACAAGUCUAUUAGUCAUUAUUUUAUUUGUAAAAAACUUUUAUUAAUUAAUUUUACUAAUUAUUACCUACAUGGGCUACAAGUUAUUGUAACAAAUUCUCCGUCCAAUUAUAUAAUAGGGAAUGAUUGUUCUCACUUAUAAUAAUAAAUAAAUAAAUUUUUGGAAAUAAAAUUUUAUUAAAUAGUA